ACAUCUUGUAGACUGUUAAUAUGAAUUUAACAGUCUACGCUAACGCAGUAACGCUAUUUUUAAUAUUUGGUUUAAUUUUGGAGGACAACAAAUUAGAGUUUUUGUUUAAUAAUAAUCACUAAAUGUUUUACGGUAUAGUAUUUGUACUCCGAACUAUUGAAUCAUAAAAACAAACGUCGACACAUCUAGCGGAUCCGAUCUAGCUUACUCUUACUCUUUCGUACCUGUGGACAUUCUCUCGCCAUUACCAAGGCAACGCUAGCUAGCUAGCUAGCUUUGUGGAACAUGGCUGUCAAUGGCUAACUUUAGCUAGCUGUGUGAAAAGUGACACGCAGUUACUAUUCUGUCAAACCUGUCUGAAUGAAAUACGAUAGUUAAAAUAGUUCAUGUUAAUCUCAACCUUUCUUUAGUUUAAGUAAAACCCUAUCGUUAACAUGUUUACUGACGAAGCCGUGGAUUCAGUGAGUAUCCAGUCUCUUUGGAGGAUAUCUCAGCAGUCGGCGCAGGAGUCGAGAGGCUGCCAGACCAGAGUGGUGAACAGUGCCGAGGCAGAGGUCCAGACUGUGUCGACCGCCGUCAGCUGUACCCAGACAGAGCCACAGGGUCGGGCGAAAGAGCCGCUCUUCCAGCAAAAUCCCGAUGAGCCGGAGCCGCCUGGCCUGAAGGACUUCCUACAGCGAGUUGAGGACACGGUCACCAGAGAGUUGAUCAGAAAUGCCAGGAGUCACGCCUUUGAUGAGUUCCAGGUGAACUGGGAAGAUCACAGACAGCUAGUUUCAUGCCUCCAUUGCCUUCAACAUCCAAGCGCCCAGGAGAGAGGUCUUCAUGUAACCAGUGUGUCUUGGAGUUGCACAGGUUCAGUUGUUGCCUGUGCCUACGGUCGGAUUGACGACGGAGACUGGAGCACUGAGAGGUCUUGUGUUUGUACGUGGAACCUGAACCGCCGGGGCCUGAAUCCCAAACAAGCUGAUCUGGUCAUAGAUGUUCCCAGUGCAGUCACCGCUCUGUGCUGUCACCCCAACCAGCCCGCUCUCAUCGCAGGAGGUCUGUACAGUGGAGAGGUGGUGGUCUGGGACACCAGUCGGACUCAGGACCCUUUGCUGGUCCAAACUGGGAUGUCAGCAGACAGCCACAAAGAGCCCGUAUAUCAGGUUGCCUGGGUGCCCCUGCAGAAGAAAGGAGAGUUUGGGGUGCUUAGUGCUAGCUCAGGAGGAAGGGUGCUGCUGUGGAUGGUGGACUCAGACCAGGGCAGGUUAGUCCUGAACGCUGCCUACGCCUUAGUACCACAGCAGGUUCCCCACAGCAGCAACACCAGCUUCAAGGCCCGAGGCAGCAGCGCUGUCGGUAUCACCUCCCUGGCUCUGUCUCCCUGGGACUCGGACACCUUCUUAGUGGGUUCUGAGGGCGGCUUGUUGCUUAGAUGCUCCUACAGCUCCCAGACGACGGCCGCUGUGCCCUCCGAAGGCCAGAGUGUAACACUGAAAGCCCCGGCGGUCUUUCCAUUUAGGCCCUGCAGCGGCCCCGUCCACUCCAUUCACUGCUCCCCUUUCCACAGGAACCUUUUUGUGAGUGCAGGGACUAAUGGUCUGGCCCACAUCCACUCUCUGCUGCAGGCCAACCCGCUUCUCUCUCUUAGGGUUUCAGACUCCUACGUGUUUCAGGUGCAGUGGUCUCCAACCAGACCGCUGGUUUUUGCAGCAGCCACAGGACAAGGUGAUGUGCAGAUAUUCGACCUGGGCCACAGGUCCCUGAAGCCAGCAGCCACCAUCGCGCCGGGAGGUGCGGACCAAGCUGCAACUUGUUUGGCCUUCAACUGCCAGAACACUCACCUCUUGGCAGUGGGGAAAACAGAUGGGACAGUCGGUGUUUGGCAACUGAGCCACAAUUUGACGGAGCAGCGCCAUAGAGAGAGCAGCCAGCUGGAGCAGAUAGCCAAUCAGGUGGCAGAAUGAGAGACGUUAACAUGGGAUGGUUCAAGGCAGCUGCAUUGGACUUUUUUUUUUACAAAGCAAAACUCGUUAAAAACACAUAAAAGACAGAAUUGUGGAAGUGAAAUAAAAACAACAGAGUACAGGUUUCCAGUUCUAACCAGUAGCGUUUAUUAAAGCACACUGCAGUUGUAAAGGUGUGGUCAACAUUGGGACUAUUAGGUUCUUAAAUUUAAAAGCACAAGCUAAAACAACCACAAUCAAAAUGAACAGAUCCACUAUGCUAUGUGAGAAGCACAAAGAGUUAAGGGUUGAGCAAGAUAAAUAUAGUACAGACAGUUGUUAGUUGUAAGUGAGUAUUCCUAGUGCCACAAUCAUGCAGUUUUAAGCCAUGUGUUUGUGUUUAAGUGUGUGUGGCGAAAACGCAUCCCGAUUGGUCCCUGGUGGGCGAGGGAUCAGUUGACGAAGAGCGAGCGGGUAAAUUCAACAAAGUCGAAAGCUGACGGCAGCUCGCGGCCCUUGCUGUCAAGAUAGGGCUUCAUGUGUGACAGGCAGUAAUCGGCCUGCUCCUUGGUCAGGUUCUGAAAGGAAGAAGGGGACAGUUAGACCUCCAUAAAGACUUGACAUUCAAACCAAAUCCACAAAGUGAAAAGAGAACACGCUGACCUGGUAGAGCUCUUCUUUAGUGACGUAGGGUUUGUUCUCUGUGCUGAGAGCUCGGAAAGCGCUCUCGAUCUCCUCGCUGGACUUUACGUUCUCUGUCUCGCGGCUGAUCAUAAACGCCAUGUACUCCUGCAACGACACGUUGCCAUCUCUGCAGACACAGAUUCCUCAACGUUAGGCAGCAAAUAAUACAACAGUGUGUUCAAUACUAUACUGCAGUUUACAUCCCUAUCAAUGUAAUUUAUG